CUUUUUUCUCUCAUUCCUUCGUCGCCAUUUGCAACGCGACGGUCCGUUCCGUGUCUGCCGUAAGAAGUGAAAAAAGUUGGUUUUCCUGUGCCUUCGCGGUCGGUUCCAGGCCCAUCCACACCCUCCGGAAAAGAAACGCACUCGAGUGCAGUGCAGCGCAGCUGUUUUCUUCGCGGAUUUCGCUCCCAAGUUUCGCCCAACUCCCCCCGAAAGAAGAAUCACAAUUUUGUGAGUUUCUUUUUUCUUCAUCGUACCCGUACAAUCAUGGCCAACUAAAAAGAUGUCUCAAGUACGGAAAGUGUCAUUCGUGUGCAGCAGCAGCAGCAGCUUUGCUUCGUUUCGCGGCGGAGAGCAGGCUCCGGAACGUGCCGGAAGGGCGACGUUGGCGGCGGAAGUGACCAGCGCCAGCAGCGAGCUUUCGAGUUUGUCCUCGCCCAUUUUUGGUUUUUUGCCUUCAUUUGACCUAGUUUUAAGCGCCGUAGCGGAAGAAGCCUCCUACGAUGGAGAAGAAUCAUCGUUUUUCGAACCAGAACCUGCCCAAGGGGGGCCAACAGCAGCCUACUGAGUCCAAGAAGAGUUCGAACCAAGACGUUUCCGUCAAGUGGCCACGCCACUCGAAGCGUCGCGAGCAGCCGAACGCCGGCGGAACCAAGCCGGAUAGUUACCGUAAUUCGAGUGGCAAGGCGGGACAGUCCGCCAAGGCGCGUAACCAAACCAACUUUAACUAUGACAAGCGAUCGCGGCAGCGGCCGGAAGUCGCUCCUUUGGAUGUUGCGGCUUCGGCACUUGAGUCAGCUGUUGAUGCGCUUGAGGAGCAGUACGAUGGAACCGGACUAGCGGCGCCAAGGGCCAACGGGGGUCACGCGGUCCCCGUGAGGCAUGAACUACAUUCGGUGUUCUCACCUGGUUCGAAGAAGCAAAGUUUGAACCAUUUGCUGAACUUUCACUACGCGCCACGUGACCGGGAUCAGCCGGCGCGCCUCAGCAAGACCGGCAACAAUCGCUGCUACAUGACGAAGAAGUUCAGCUACAACAAGGAGCAGUUUCUGCAGGCCAAUUGCCAGUUCGUGGUGCGUUCCGGAGAGGAUUAUGAGGCGUGCUUGGCAUCGCCCGACCAACUCGUCGAGUGGUCCAAAAUCGAACAGAUCCACAUCCUUAGCGCCGAGGAACCAAAAUGUCCCAUUUGUCUGUAUCCUCCGGUGGCGGCCAAAAUGACCAAAUGUGGUCAUGUGUACUGUUGGCCGUGCAUUCUGCACUAUCUUGCCCUGUCGGACAAAAGCUGGCGCAAGUGUCCAAUUUGCUACGACGCCAUUCACGUGCCGGAUCUGCGUAGUGCCGUGUCAAAGCCGUUCCAUUCGUACGCGGUCGGCGAGUACGUCACUUUCCAGCUGAUGCGCCGCGAAAAGACCUCGAUGGCAUUGGCGCUAGCCUCGGAAGAUGCCGCCGACGGCCCUCCGACAUCUACGCUGUACGAUCCCAAGAUCGGCAACAGCAUCCUCACCAAGCUGCUCGUUGCCGAUUCGGACGGAAUCAACAGCAUCAUCGAUCGCGAACAGCAGGAACUCGACAAUCAGAUUGUCGUCGACGGAAUGGACUGCCCGGAGAACAUCUUUGUCCAGCAAGCCCUCGAGCAGGUCAAAGAGCGUAGGGAGAAGGUGGCAAGCAAGAAGAUUGCUGAACCGUCAUCGGAACCAGCUGCUCCGAUUGCCGAGCAAGUUGAACCGGUCACGGAAGCGCCAGAGCAGCCGGCCGACGUCGGCCAAGCGCUGCAGGACAUCCUGAUCGAUGAGGACAGCAACUUCUUGCUGAGCGACAUCGACAUCGUGCAGACGCUGCAGUGCGCCACUUCCGACUGCUUCUACUUCUAUCAGGCCACCGACGGCCAACCGUUGUAUCUUCACUCGAUGAACACGCGCAUGCUGCAGGCGAUGUACGGCGGGUUGGACAAGGGUCCGCUCAAGAUUACCGGGAAAAUCGUCCAAAAGGACAGCUGCUCGAUGUCGGAGGACUUGCGCAAGCGGCUCAAGUAUCUGCAGCAUCUGCCCGUUUGCACCCAAUUUGAGGUGGUCGAGGUUGAGCUUGAACCGGGCACGAUUUCCGCGGAGGUUUUAGCUCAGUUUAAGGAUGAGUUGAAUGAUCGCAGAAAGAACCGCCAGAAGCGCGCGCGUGCCGAACGAAUCCGCGAAAAGCAAAUCUUUGAAUUCAACGAGCGCCAACUGGGAAAAUCGAUGGCUCGAUCCGCCAAGAUUCAGAUCGAUUCCAACAAGCAUUUCCCUUCGUGCGGAAGCGUCGAGAGCUACGACUUUUCGGCGGAACCCACCCUGGGAACCAGCUCUGGAACGGACCUAUCCGCAUCCCCCGGUACAUCCGCUGGCGCUGGUCCUUCGUGGUCAAAGAUGCUGUCCACCUCGUCCCGUUGGCCUUCGCUCGGCGCCGCCAGUUCCACAAACGCGUUCGGGCCGUUGGCCACGCCGCCAGCUCCCAAGCUACUCCAGGUUACAGGUUCGAAUAUGUCCGCCGUCCCGUCGGUAGAACGCCGCCGCAGAUCCGACUCGAGCGACUUCGAGGACAACGUCGACGUCGACCAGGAGUUGCGCGCCCCCGAGUUCCGCAACGAUCUGAGCUUUGCCAUUGAGGCGGCGCUCGGAUCGGUUUCCCUUGGACAGUCGGGCGGAAAGGGUAAAAAGGAAGCGGUUAGUGGAGGGGGAGGUGGAGCAGCUGGUGCGGGCAACAAGAAGAAGAAAAACAAGAAAACGCUGCUGUUUGCCUCGGGGAUGAAUUUGAACUAGAUGGUUAGUCUUGUUGCGGUAAUGUUUAUUUUUCCUCACAUUUCUUACCUUACUCAAAAACAAAAUACAAUGGAAAAAGUUUGUUUACUCUGUACUAUUUUAUAUAAAUCUGUUGAUUAUUAGAUUUAAGUUUUGGCCCUUUUGUUUAACUUGAACAUAUGUGUAUGUAUACUUUAACCCACAAAAUUACAAACCCCACCCUUAAUAUGUAAUCGGAUAAAACAGAUCAAAACAAUGUAUCCCAACAGAACGAUAUGCAAAGCGUAAUAAAAGCACAUGUUUUAGCAAAGCAAAACAAGCUUCGA